AUGGCCCCAUCUCAACCGCCACCGCCGCCGCCGCCGGAUCCCCUUCCGGAUCCCCUGCGGCAGCUUUCGCGUGCCGCGUCCCGCCUCGACGACGCGCCAGAGCACGAGUCUGCCUGGGACCAGACCGUCCGACCUCACGCCGCUUUCGCCUCGGCCUCGUCGCGCUUCCCGACCCAUUCUCGAGAAUCCUCGGCCGAGAAGCUGCCCGCGUCCCUGACCUCGCCGCGAGCCCACGCCCCGCCGUCGCGCCAACCCAUUGUCGCGGGAGGGGUUAUCGAGCGACCAGUCGACCUCAGCAAGGCCGCCAUCUACGGCCACCACCGCCAGACGUCAAUCGUGCACGGCUUCCAGCAUUCGAGAAAUGGCAGUGUCUCGAGCUCUGCCGGUCCGCUCAGCCCCCAAAUGAUAGCUGCCGCCGGCGCAGGGCUUGAGCGACCAGACAUGCAGUCCGUUGCUGCCCGAGUCGAGGCCGAGGCGGGGAAUCCGCCUCGGCCUACCACAGCCCUGGCUGGUCCGAUGGCGACGUCCAACGCAUUCCCUAUGGAGAGGUCCGCCUCUGCCAUCGACAUGUCGUCCCCGGGCCUGGGCCAGCGCAAGCUUGACGCAAUGGCGCCCAGGUCGCGUCGCGAUCAGCCCGGCCACCAGUCGCACUCGUCGCGCGCCCAUCGGGAUGAACAAAAGACGGUGGGCGAGUAUGCGCUUCACGUGCUCUUCACCUCGUUUAUCGCACAAGCCGAGGAGAAGCUCAACGAGUGCAUCACCGUUCCCUUUGAACCGGAGCCUCAAAUUGAUCGCAUAUGCGGCCCCGGUGUCGACCCGGCCUUCGACCAACUGAUCGUGGCCCUCGGCCAUAUCGCAAGCCCCAGGCCCAAGGCCUUGAUCGACUCGAUGAUGCUGUGGAGGAAAAGUAAGAGCGACGCCGCCAACGAGGCCCGAAGCCAGCUGCAGCAAAUGCGCGGCACACAGCCCGGAGGACCGCUGCUGCGGAGAAACACAGAGCCUGUGCAAGGUGUACCCGGCGAGGGGCCGCUCAACAGCGCCAACGGGACCUCAAAGCAGGAAUUCGUGGCGCAACAAGAGCGCCGCUCUACCGUCUCCAUCUAUAUCUUAUGCCGGGUGCUGCUGGAAGUGAUUUGCCAGAGCAACCUCGCUUCCAUCACCCCGGAGAUGGAGGACAAACUCGAGAGCAUCAUAUUUGGGCAGCUCAAGAUAGCCGACUCGGAGCAGCUCACAUACUCGCCACUCAAGAUGGCUAACUGGAAUCUCUUCGCGCAACUCCUGGGACACAUGAGCGACAUCAACUUUGCUGGAGUUACGAGGCGAUUCAUCGAGGAUCUGGACGCCUCCCUCCAGGAGCGGGUGGUGAAGAGCCCGACGUCAUCUGCCGCCCGAGAUGCCGAAGGCAAGGUCGAUCUGGUCCUUGGCGGCAUGAAGCACUUGCGAGUCAAGAUUUCUCCCGAGGGGGCCUGGGAAGAGUCUUGCGACUUUCUUGUCUCUUUGGGUCGCCUGUUUAACAGAUCACACGGCCCCAGAGUCAAGACUGCCUUCUGCCAGAUCAUCGAUACCCUCCUAUUGCCCAUCGCUGCAAAGGCCAGCAACAGCCACCUUAUGCAUCCGAAGUGGUCCGAGGUUCUCUCCGCCAUUGGGCCGCGCCUGGCACAGAUGUUCAUCAAACCGCGGCACUGGGCAGUGGCCUUUCCGCUCACAGCAACGAUGCUGUGCGUCUCUUCACCUGACAGCUUUGGCUCCCAGUGGUUACAGCUCGUCUUGUCACUGCAGACCAAGAUCAAGGACCGGUUCUCGAAGCCACUAUGCCUACAAGUCAUCUCCCGAUUAGUAUGGACAUACCUAUACCGAACCAACGACAGCUUUCAGACGUCCGUCAGGAAACUUGACGACGUGAUGAAGCUGGUGUUGCCCACCCCGAAACGUGGCCUAUUGUCUUUUGACCCGGCCAUAACCGAUCCCCUCAUUCAGAUAAUCCGAAUCAUCGGGUUCAAGUAUCCGGAAUACUGCUUCAGAACGGUUAUAUUCCCCCUCAUCAACGCCGAACUGUUCGUGACAAACAAGGAAUUGCGGGUCGAGCAGCUGGAGCCUGACCGGAUCGUCGUCGGCAUCCGAGCAUUUUUGUGCAUCAUGUCAGACUUGGAAAAGGGCGCACAGGGCCAGCCUCCAUUUCCCCAAUAUUAUGACCAUCAAGCGCCGACCGAAAGGCUUCCAACAUCGCCGGUAUUGACAUCAGCUCGGAAUGGUCCCCUGGCGAGUCCCUUGCUCGCCUCCAAGGAGGAGAACAUAUCUCGACCUGUUCUCACACACGUCCUGAGCGACGGCGUGCGAGACUUCUACCUCCAGUUCUGCCAAAUUCUCGGCAAAAUCACCAUAGUCUGCGACAACGCCUUUGGUGGCCAAGCUGCUCUGGACGAGAAGUUCAACAGCCCAGGCCCAAAGACUCCGAUUGCGGAAUCCUUCAAUUUCUCGAGACGCGACGAGCAUCAAAGUGCUUCGGACCAGAAGCAGGCUUUUUACGAGUUGCUGCAUGUCGCCGUGCAGGCGCUGCCUCGAUGUUUGUCCGUGGACAUCCCUUUCAACUCUCUCAUCAACCUGUUGUGCACUGGCACAGCCCACGUCCAGUCCAACAUUGCAGAAUCUUCUGCAAACUCAUUAAAGGCCAUCGCGAGACACGCACACGCCCAGCAGGUGACGAUGGGGUUUGCCCGCUUCAUCUUCAAUUUCGACGACCGUUACUCGACCAUGUCCGAUGGUGGAAUGCUGGGACCAGGCCACAUCGAAAACACGCUGCGCCUAUAUGUCGAGCUAUUGCAGAUCUGGAUCGAAGAGAUCAAGCAAAAGACUCGAGACGCCGCUGCCACCCAGCCGGAGUCGACAGCAUCCGACAAGAGAGCCCAGAAGUUGGACUUGUCCAGCAUUUGGGCAGAGGUGGACCAGGCAGAGGCACACGGUCUCUUUUUCCUGUGCUCACAGUCACGGCGAGUCCGCUACUACGCUGUCACCGUCUUGCGGCUCAUCACCGAAUUCGACAAGGCUCUUGGAAAGGAAGGAUCCGAAGAAAAGGAGACGCUCCGACUCAUCAACAUCCUUGAGAACGACUCAAACCAAGUCAUGGAUUUCAACGACGAUCACCUUUCAGUGGCAGAACGCAGCCGGCUGCAACGAGGCCUGCAGACGAGCAACAGCAAGGGCGUGGUCGUCGAGCUCUGCACCAGCGACCUGACCUACGACACUACACUGUGGUACAAGAUAUUCCCCAACCUGAUCCGAAUUGCCUUUGACAAGUGCCCAUUCGCCGUCGCCAUUUGCCGAGACUUGAUUUGCAACCGAAUUCUGCAAUUGUACAAGCCGAUUGUGGUUCUGUCUGAGCCCACGCGAGGGCUCUACUACGGCGGUGACCAGGGCGCCGGUCGUGCACCAGCGCGAUCGACGACCACGCAACCAGAGGUGCUCAUUGAGCAGUGGAAGAUCUAUCUGAUAUUUGCCUGCACGACGCUUGCGGAUCCGGGAAAUCAGACACCAACUCCGUCUAAAGACGCCCAGCAUGCACGAAAGACGUCCAAGCCUGGAUCCACUGACAAGAUUGUGACGGCCAGGACCCUGUUCAAGUACCUCAUACCUCUGCUCUCUUCCUCAUCGGCUUCUGUGCGUGAUGCGGUUGUCGUCGCCAUGGGAUCCAUCAACCUGCACAUUUACCGCACCUUGCUUGAAGAGUUACAGGGUCAAGCGUCUCGAUGCAAUGAUGAUGCGCGUGCGAGGAUUCAUCAGCGAACCAACAGCACUCCCCGCCGAAAUCGCAAGAUGGACCUCCUGCGGACUGAGAUUACGCACGUGUUCAAGCUCACAUCACAUUUCCUGAGGGAGCCACAAGUGUAUCAAUCGGAAUUCUUCCUCAGCACUCUGACGUCCUAUUCGAAGGACCUCAAGCUUUUCCUGAUGGACGGGGAAGUUCAAAUGGAUUGGGAGUUCCAAAAGCUACGGCGGCACUACUGCGGUCUCAAGGAAGCGCUGUUCGAAGGCAUCAAUCGCACCAAGGACCCGUCUCGAUGGAUGACGUUUGAGUCUCGAAAGUCUGCGUUCUCUCUCAUGGAGGAUUGGUGCGGAUUCUCACCAAAUCAGAACCAGAUCCGUGCCAGGGAAGACUCGAUGCGACAGUCUCUUAUCGAUCAACAGUCGGUAGGCGAGCGAGGAACAGUCACAGCUGCCAUGGAGAUUGAGAAGCGCAACCUCAGAACCGCGGCAUUAAGCGCCAUGGCUGCCCUCUGCGGCGGACCCAUUAGCAUAACGACGGAGAGCGGUGUGACCCUGCAGUUUGACAUCCGGCGCAUGCUUGCUUGGAUAGAAGCCAUCUUCAACUCUGGCAGCGACAGGAUGAACGUCAUCGGCCGACGAGCCCUGAAGAACUUGGUCGUCCACAACCAAGAAUACCCAUAUCUUCUUGAGCACUGCAUUGCUCGUUGCUAUCUGGCCGAUGUACCAAAGGUGCUUGAGAGCUAUUUCGCCGUCACCGUUGAGGUGCUCCAGGAGUACAGCUCAUACCCAUGUCCAUUCUGGAAGGCCCUGGGGCUUUGCCUCUACACACUUGGAAACGAUCAGAGUGAGAUCCGCUCAAAGUCGUCUACGGUGCUCCGAGCAUUGGAGGCGCGCCAGCAACGCAACUCCAAGAUUCAGGACUUUGAUAUCAGCAUCUCGGACAAAACGCAGGCGGUGUACAAGCUGGCCCAGUUCGAGAUCUCGAAGCGUCUCGCGAAGCAGCACGGGGAGCUUGCAUUCCACGUCUUCUCGGAGUUCACAUACUACUUCAAGGAUCUUCAACCAGCGGCGCAACGGAAUGUCAUUGCAGUCAUUCUCCCCUGGAUUCAGACCAUUGAACUCAAGCUGGAUCCCAAUGGCGGCCCUACUGCGCAGUCAUACGUCCUACUCGCCAAUUUGCUUGAGCUCACCAUUAGGUCGAGCGGUGCGUUGCACAACGAGGUCCAGGCGCUUUGGCAAGCACUCGCAACUGGUCCGUACCCAGGGAACGUCCGCCUGGUCCUCGAUUUUAUUAUCCAGCUUUGUCUGGAGCGGCGUGAGCAAAACUUUGUCGAGUACGCCAAACAAAUCGUUGUCUUCUUGUCAACGACAAACAGCACACCGGGCAUCAAGGUAGUCGAGUUUCUGCUGAUGCAGAUCACCCCCAAGGCAAUGGUGCCCAACGAGAAGCGGGAGGUCAUUCCGCCUCCUUCGGACAUCAGCAACCUUCCUUACUGCGCCAAUCUGAGCGAGGCCCUCCCGAUUGGGACAAAACAGGCCGGGUUCUCCCUCGGCCAACUGUGCCUCAUUCUCCUUGUUGACUUGAUGGUGUCUCCGGUGCAUCUUACACCAGAAAAUGUACCGCUUCUACUCCAGGUCGUCACUGUCCUGUGGGAUCAUUACACACCGCUGGUACAGGAGCAGGCGCGGGAGAUGCUCGUGCACCUCAUACAUGAACUCGUCAUCUCCCGAAUGGACGACCAGCCACAGGCUGUGCCGAAAGAUUCUAUAGAGGAUCUGGUCGAUCUCAUACGGCGCCAUGACCGCUCUGUGGUCUGGGGCUACGAGGACAGCAACGGAAAGGUGGACGACCAGGACAACAAGGUUCCUCCCAGCAUGGAAUAUCUCACGGCAGAGGUUGUCAAGACCUUUGAGAUGGCGUUUCCCGGCAUCAAGGAGCAAUGGGGCCGGCUGUCUCUGACUUGGGCGACGUCGUGCCCUGUGCGCCACCUGGCUUGCAGGUCUUUUCAGAUCUUUCGCUGCGUCCUCACGUCUCUGGACCAGUACAUGCUUGGCGACAUGCUGGCCAGGCUAUCCAACACCGUCGCGGACGAGGAUACAGAGAUUCAGUCAUUUUCUAUGGAGAUUCUGACGACGCUCAAAACACUCAUCGUCAAGCUGGAUCCCGACAAGCUGCUGACGUUUCCGCAACUGUUCUGGACCACGUGUGCGUGUUUGGAGUCUAUCAACGAGCGCGAAUUUCUCGAGGCUGUGGAGAUGCUCAACGAGCUGGUCCGAAAGCUCGACUUCCGGUCGUCAAACGUGCGCAGGUUGAUUGCAGACGGGCAGCCUGACAGAUGGGAAGGCAGCUUUGAUGGAGUUCAACCCCUGCUCUGCAAGGGCCUCAGAUCCUCGCUCUGCUGGCAGCCAACCCUCGACACCUUGGACAAACUCGUCAAGUUGCCAGCGGACAACCUCAUCGGCGAUGACAACCGACUCUUCUACUCCCUGUUGGCGAACUUUCCUCGAUUCCUCAACGAAAUGGAGCGCGGUACACCGAGCGAAGAGGCCAUGAAGACGGCGAGGAUCCUACUCGCCGAGACAGAUAAGCAGGGCCUGGAGGGACUUGGGCUUGUUCUGGACGACUUUGUCUCUGGGAAGCACCAAGAGAGCCAGGAAUUUCUGAACCAGCUCUUCAUGGCCAUCAAGGAGUACUAUCUGCCACGAUUGGAGUUCAAGAUGGUCACCUUCCUGAUAGGACUGCUCACCAAUUCGCUGUCAUGGGUCAAGGUCCAGACAAUGCGCAUUCUCUGCGUCGCCAUUCCGCAGGUUGAUAUGCGAAACCCAGAGCUGGCUGGCCACGGGUCGGAUCUCAUUUCGCCACUGCUCCGUCUCCUGCAGACCGAGUUUUGCAUGGGUGCCUUGGAAGUCCUGGACAACAUCAUGACCAUGUCUGGCAGCCACAUGGACAAGCAUCACCUGCGAAUGAGCAUGACCAGAUCGACGUCAAAGGCAGUGCGCAAAGAGUAUGAGCGCACACAAAGCCUGUUUGGCAUUCCAGAGGCGUCAGGCUGGGCCAUUCCUGUUCCUGCGAAGAAGACGGAGGCCACGCGUGCAAACAUCCAUGCUGCGUUUUACAUGUGUCAGAGCACCGAGGGCUCAUCCGUCGAGGCGACGCCCACGGCGGAGGUGGAGUUCCACAAUGACGACUUCCCGUACAACUACUUUGGAGUGUUGGACAGGUCGGACACGAUGCUCUCGGACGACGGGCGUGUCGAUCUGGGCGGAGGAGAUGUGGUGACCAGGUUGGACAGCCUGGACGACUUCUUCGACGACCCGUCCAGCCCGCACACCGACGAUGAUGGCAGGUCUUCUCGAACUAUUACGGAGUACACGCCCGAGUCGUUUGAAUCUGGGACGGAGUUGUACGAUGAACAGAUCCUUCCCAUUCUCCACGAGGCGUCAAACAACACAUCGCUGCAGAACGGAUUUGCGGACCGGCCCAUCGUCAUGGCCAGAGAUGUUGCAGCCAACACCAUGACCCCUGGCGCAUUCACGGCAGCGAUGCCGAUGCGACCGGGCCUGCACUCGAGGUCCAUCACGUCGCCCUCCGCGCCCGCUUCGUACCAACCGCACUUGGCUGGCGACAUGCAUUCGGAUGACGAGUACCUGUCUGGAGGCUUCUCGGAUGCCGAUGACGAGAGGCCGAAUGCGCGGAACGCGGACGGGCCCUUCUUCCUCGAGAACAUGAUCAAGGGCUCGAGGCAAAUGUCCAGACCCGGAACGCGACGCUUCCUGAGCAAGUCGCGCGAUGACGGGCGGGGCGAGAGGUCGCCCACGCCGGCGACGCCCAAAAUCCCAGCCAACAUGUUUCAGCCCAAGAUGUCCGGGCCAGGAGAUGUACUUUGA